CACCAUCAAUUUUCUCUCACCCUUUACCCCCUUCAACACUCUUUCGCCCUUUUUACGUUGAAAUACCAAACAGCAGCCCAAAAUUUUACUCAGUGUAUCGCAUCGAUAGUAUUUAUCGACUAGUGACCAAUUCAAUCUGUACAAACAAAAGCAGUAUUGAAACCAGAUUGCUCAGCGAACACCUCAGCCCAGCAAAAGUCGAUCGUUUCUCUCUUGCUGCAAAAGGGCACUCGUAUAAAAACUUGCACUUUUCUUGAGAUCGCACUCGAAGACGGAAGCGAUCUCGUUCAAAAGCAAACAGGGAGCCUUUUAUUUCGAAAGUGGUUCGAACAAGGGAACGUUAAACUCGUAAACGUCCCUUGCUUCUCUACUUUCGAUAUAGCAAAAGUGCUCUCUUCACUCUCGUAUGGUAAACACAGUCGUUUUCCAGCCUUCGCUGCUGGAUUGCUGGGCAUGUCGUGAUUUGAAGCGAUUUCGUCAAGUCUUGAAAGGAGGUGGCGCACUCGUUUUGACACAAUCCCAACUGUCAGAUAAUGCAUUGGCGAAUGGUAAAGGAUGUGCAGGUCCCAGUAGUUUUGGCAAAGACGUCAGCUCGUCCAAUCUUUUAUCGAAUUCUCAAGGAAGAUCACCAGCCCAAGGCGGACAAUCGUGGGGUAGUGCAACAAAUGCAUUCAACGGACCUUGUUCACCGGCCGAAGUGAAUAGAAGGGACUAUCAUGGGAGAACGGUCUUGCAUCUCGUAUCAGCAAGUACGGAACCGGUCAGCAUAGAUUAUUUGACUGCUUUACUCGCUCACCCGGCUAUCAAUGUCAAUCUGCAAGAUCAUGAAAGCGGUUGGACAGCCUUGCAUAGGGCACUUUAUCAUGGAAACCUUCUCACCGCUUUAACACUUCUCAAACGCUCACCUCCAGCUGAUAUUCGCAUCAAGGAUUUUGAAGGUUUGACGCCUUUUGAUCUCUACAAUUCCACCGUUCAUGGUACGAAUCCCCCGAAAGCUCAAACGCCUGGAAAUCUGGCCGGAGAAUUGUUCACUUGGGGCGCAAAUCGCAACUUUACGCUCGGUUUAGGAACAAGUGAUGAUCGAGCUUUUCCUGAUAGAGCACAAUUACGUUUUAAUGAAGACGUUGAAUAUCGAAUGAAGGAGACUGGAACAAAGUCAGAACAAAAGCGAUCCCGACGCAAAGCCGGCACAAAAUUUGACAAGAUACAGGUCAAGGACGUAGGAAUGAGUAGAUUUGCCACUAUAGUGCUCACAUCCCAACCUUCCAGAAAUGUCUGGGUAUGUGGUAUAGGCAAUACUGGCCGCAUUGGCAGAGCUCCACCUACACAACCAAAUUUUGAGGUUUUGAAAGAUUUUGAUGGGACAGCAGAAGCUAUUGCAAUUGGUCCAGAACACACGAUGAUUUUGACUACAGAAGGAGACAUUUUUAGCUUUGGCUUCAACAAAUUUCAACAACUUGGUUAUGCUCUCGAAUUGGAUCAAGGAAGCGUUGCAUCGUCCUCAAAAGGUGGUGGUGGUGGUGCGGCUAAAACAACAUUUGGUGGCCCCUCUCUCACAAAUGCCGAUCUUGAUAUUCAAAUCAGUCCCCGUAAAGUGACAGGGAUACUUAAAAAGGAAAGAGUGAUCGGUAUUGCUGCCGGUAAACUUCAUUCGGCUGCUUUUACGUCAGAUGCACUCUUUACAUGGGGUAGCAACACGGGCCAAUUGGGAUAUGAUCGUGCGGCUACGCCUUCGCAAAUUGUGCCGAGAAAGGUAACGGCAAUCACGCCAAACAUGUCAAUCGUAUCCGUAGCCUUGACCGAUUACGCAACCGCUUGCCUUCUGUCUUCUGGGGAUAUCUUGUUACUACACAAUGAUACAUCUUUUUUCAUUCGCUUCCCACAUCUGACAUUCAGUUCACAGGCAAGCGUCUAUCGGCCAAGGCAAGCGCGGCCAAAGCCCUCGAUAAUAAAGAUUGCUGCGGGGCCCAAUAAUUCCAUUGCUGCUAUCUCAGACAUUGGGGACCUUUGGCAAUUCACACCAGAACAUCCUUCCGAAUAUGCGCAAGCAAGUGGAACGUCAACGGGAGCAAAAGCAAACAUCAAGCCGCAAUUGAUAUGGUCUGUGAGAAAGAAUAAAAAAGUAGGAGCUGCGCGAGAUGUGGGCAUAGGAAGCGGUCAAGAUUUGAUCAUCGUAACGGAGUCUGGUCAUGUCUUCGUUCGAUCUCGCAAAAGCGACAUUUUACCUCAGUCGAAUAUUUCAUCCAACACGAAUGCUUCCUAUUCGAGCAAUAUUCUUCCCUCCGUUUCAGUCAAGGGCAAAUCAGGUUGGAAGCCUGUCCCCUACUUGCAACGAGUUGUUCGUGUUGCGAUGAAUGAAAGUGGUGGAUUGGCAGCUAUCAAAACAGAUGCUAAAGUACGGGAAGUGCGUUCGCGUUCGCGUACACUGAACGAAGAUCUUCGUGACAUUUUGGCACACCUCAAAACGAGCUCGGCAGCCGAAAAGGAUGGACAAGAUAUCGUUGGAGAUUUGGCCGAAGCAUUCGCAACGGAAUUACACACUACCGAUGAUGACGAUGUUGCAGAGGUGAUGUUAUCAUCUGAUGAUGAUGAUAGUGAUAGUGAUACGAGUAAUCUUGGUGCUCAAUAUAUAGCUCAAGCACAAACGAUUGCCGAAGCUGGACGUAGAUGGAUGGAUGUGAACGAUCAUCAAGAUGUAUCAAUUGCCUUAAAUCCAAAGGAAAGAAUGCCAUUCGGGUGCGAUAUGUUUGUCGUUGCUGCGAAUCGAUAUCUUCCCGCACACAGAACUAUACUCGCUGCACGUCUCCCUGAAUUGGCAAGCAUCUUACUCGAUCCGCCGAUGAAAGGUUCAGGUAAAAUGUCUGACGGCAUCAUCGUACGUCGAAGAGCGAAUGAAUAUACUACCUUAUCUCUGACGAAUUGUUCUUUCGUCACUGCACUCUUUUUGCUUCAAUACCUUUACACCGACGAUAUUCCACCGGUUUGGACCUCAAGUGUAGGCAUGCGGGUAGAGAAGGACUUUGCAAAGAUGAAGUCUUCUGCUGCGCAGAUUAGAGCACAGUUGAAACACCUGGUCGAUGUGCUCAAUUUACCCGCAUUAUCGCAUUCACUUGAUUUACCCGUUCCAGCAUCUCCUAAGCCGCAGUUGUCGAGGGACAUGCUCUCCUUCUUUCUCACCAAUGUAGAGCAAGAGGAAGGAAAAUCAAAUCUACACGAUGUGGAACUGCAAUUGUCGGAUCGUGUGGUGCGAUGUCAUUCCAUCAUGCUACGCCGAUCACCUUUCUUCGCCGCUCUUCUUCAACCGCAUUGGACGACAAAUAGAUGGACAACUGAAGGUGUCCUGAAGGUCGACAUGUCUCAUACACGUUGGGAGGUCGCACGGAUCGCACUGAUGUUCCUUUACACGGAUAAAACAUACGAACUCUUUGAGAAUUGUGAUUCGAAUCGACAACACGACGAAUUCAUCGAUUUUGUCACUGAAAUUUUGGCAUUUUCCAACGAGCUUCUGAUUGAAAAAUUGAAAGUUGUUUGCUGUGACUUCUUACGGGAGAGGAUUUUGCCAUCUAACGUAGCUGCUCUCAUGACCGAUGCAGACUUCUAUCAUGUUCCUGCUUUCAAAGAAUCAAUCAUGGAUUAUUCAGCUCGCACAUUGGAAACAUUAUUGGAAUCAGGCAUGUUAGACGAUUUGGAAAACAAGAUGAUCAAAGACCUAACGAAACACGUUCGUCAAAAGCAAGAUGAAAGAUUGCAUCGUACAAGAGCUGCCCAGCAUAUCAGCAAUCUCAUAUCAUUGCACAACGAUUUCUAUUUCGAUUUGGAUCUUCCGCUUCCAUCUUUAGGAGUCAUUGCUGCUCGUGUGCCAAAGAGGAUGCCACGCUCAAUAGAAUCAAGACCUUUAUCCCCAACGAAUACAUCAAUCCAAAUGCGUCGAUCGUCCAAUAUCCAGCGUGCUAUUCAAUCAACUUCAUCACCGAUACCAAGUCCCGAUUUGAAGGCAUGGCAGCCUGGAGUAGGGAACAACAGUACAUUAAGCGCCUCUACGUUGACGAAUGAUAGCAGCUUGAUGUUUUCCAUGGAUGACGAGAUGGACGACAUCAGCGGUGAGAGCAAAAGGCAGAUAGGUAAAUCAAACGAAAACUUCUCUUUGCCGCCUGCUGUAUCUUUAGUCGAAAAUGGUUCUAGUCCUUCACGAGGCACUCCAUGGAAAUCGCGAACAAUUGAAGUGAACAAAUCGAAUGGCAAAGAAGUUCAUGGCUCACCUCUUGGCGCAUCAGCACCGCAAGAUUUACGUUCGAUCAUGGCUGCUGAAAAGACAACGUCUCAAAGGCCAUCACCGUCUGUCGACAGAAGAUCUUAUCGUAAAAAUAUACCUAUUAAUGAAAGAGCAACGUCUCAGAAGUCAGUGCCGCUCGUCCAAGGAACACCGCCCAAAUGGUCGAUGCCAGCCGUUAAUGAAACAACGUCUCAACGUUCCCUACCGUUCCCUGAAUCCACCACUCCUCAAAGACCUUUGCCUGCUGCCGAUAAAUUAGGAUCAUCAUGGUCAUCACCAAGCUCUGUAAGGGGAAUGUCUAGGCAGUCCAUACCGCCGACCGGCUCGAAUGGCUGGCCUGGACCGUCAUCGCAGGCUUGGAUAUCAUCAAAUCAACAACAAACAAUGUCUUUGGCAGAUAUUCAGGCCGAAGAAUUGAAACGAUUGAAAGAUUUGACUGAUAAUCAACAGCGUGCACCAAAAAGUUUUGCCGAAUUGCAAGAAGAAGACCGACGUGAUAAUGAGAGAAGGGCAAAAGAGGAAGAAGAAAGGAAAGCGUUUGAAAGCUGGUUUGAAGAAGAAAGUAAACGUGUAAAAGAAGACCAAAGUCGUCAACGGACGAGCAACGAGCCGAAGAAGCGAGGCGGAUCGAGCGGAAACAAAACUCGCGGAGGUCGUGGCGGUAGUCGCGGUGGUCGUGGUGGUAAGAAAAAGAUUGAGCAGAACGAUGUACUAUGAUAUUAUUUGCUUUGUUAUGUACCCUUGCUAUAUUAGAUAUCAAAUUAGAUGGAUUGAAAUUUUAUCGA